GGGACAAUUGCACUAAAUUCUCUUAUACUCACGCGUGUGCCCCUCCCGGCCCCGUUCUGCUCACUCUCCCAAGAAGGUUGCAGCUUUGAUACCCGAGCCCGUCCGGCCUGAGUGAAAGAAACGUAUUCGGUACUUGCAAUACUUUCCAAGUAUUAUUGGUUGCCCAGAUUUCCUUGUGAGACAUUUGAACAAUUUCCAAGAGGAGGACAGGACAAGUGUGUGGAUGUUCAAAAGUUCAAUAAUCUCGCCUUUGCCCGCUAAUCGUUGCCGUGGGAGUUAAACCUAUUUCUAUCUGUGACGCCUUUUGUCGAGGCGACCGUUUUCUAAUGUUGCCGAAUCUUUUCACCAAAUCCCCCAAGAAAAAGAAUAAUUUCGAUUCCCGCACCAUCCCUUCUUCUACGAACACCGCGGCCUCCCACAACGGCACUUCCAGGACCUCGCCGCCACCACCGUCGUCUAAGACAAAAAAGUCGCCCUCCAAAUCGUCUCGGGACAGAGAUUCUAGGCCGAGUUCGGCGCAGGGCAGCAAAAGGCAUUCGCGACCCUCGAGAUCAUCUCGCAGCCAUAUCUUUGACCCCACUGAGCAUCCUUUGAAUCUUCCUCCACACGAGCUGAGGAGGUUGUCGGCCAUGUCCGCCAUGAAUGAUACCCCGCAACCCAUGGACGUCGAGAACGAGUCCCCCGCUACCAACGGCGUCAAUGGAGACGGUGCCCCAGCACCUCCGCCGCACCGGACGCCCACCAAUGGUCCCGUCGAUGCCGAAGCAUGCAAGGCCGCUGGUAACAAAUUUUUUAAGCUGAAGGACUAUGACAAGGCCAUUGCGGAAUAUACCAAGGCCAUCGAGGCCGAUCCCAAGUCAGCAACAUACCGGUCGAAUCGGGCGGCAGCUUAUAUCUCUGCGAACCGGUGGCAUGAAGCCCUCGAGGACUGCAAAGUCGCCGACUCAUUGGAGCCCAACAAUGCCAAGGUCUUGCAACGGCUGGCCCGUGUUCUCACAAGUCUUGGUCGCCCAGCCGACGCUCUAGAAGUGUAUGACUCAAUUACACCGCCAGUCACGCCCAAAGACAAGGCGCCUGCUUUGACCAUGCAGCAGCACCUCAAGCAGGCCGAGGAGUCUUUGCACGAAGGCACGGCUGGCAGCUUGGUGGUGCAUGCACUGGACCAAGCUGAAAAGGGCCUGGGGUAUAAUGUGACUCGGCCCCGGAAAUGGCUGCUCAUGCGGGGAGAGGCAUACAUCAAGAUGGGCAAUGUCAACGCCCUGGGCGAAGCCCAGACUGUUGCCAUGUCCAUGUUGCGAGCAAACAGCCAAGAUCCCGAAGCCCUGGUGCUGCGAGGACGCGCACUCUACGCCCAAGGCGAGAACGAAAAGGCUCUACAACACUUUCGACAGGCUCUCAACUGCGACCCAGACUUCAAAGACGCAGUCAAAAACCUGCGCAUGGUGCAGAAGCUUGACCGGAUGAAGUCCGAGGGUAAUGCAGCGUUCCAAGGCCGAAGGUACCAGGAAGCCGUCGACAUGUACACGCAGGCGCUUCAGGUGGACCCCUCGAACAAGGGCAUCAAUUCGAAACUCCUCCAAAAUCGAGCCAUGGCCUCGAUCAAGUUGAAAAACUUCAAGCAAGCAAUUGCCGAUUGCACGCGCGCACUCGAGCUCGACUCCAGCUACCUCAAGGCCCGCAAGACCCGUGCCAAGGCUCUCGGUGAGUCCGGCGACUGGGAAGAGGCCGUCAAGGAGCUCAAGGAGAUUGCCGAGAACAACCCCUCCGAGCCCGGCAUUCAAAAGGAAAUCCGCAACGCCGAGCUCGAGCUCAAGAAGAGCAAACGCAAGGACUAUUACAAGAUUCUUGGUGUCGACAAGGAUGCCGACGACGCUCAAAUCAAGAAGGCCUACAAGAAGCUUGCCAUUGUGCACCACCCUGAUAAGAACGGCAACGACGAGGCCGCAGCAGACCGCUUCAAGGAGAUUGUUGAGGCCUACGAGACGCUGGCUGAUCCUGAGUACGUUUUUCCUCCCUUUGGAUAUUUGCUAUCUCCCUACAGAAUACUAGAGCCGGCUAACUGAUGUUGUUAUUGCAGAAAACGCGCCCGCUUCGACAGCGGUGAAGACCUCAUUGACCCUGCCGACAUGUUUGGUGGUGGCGGCAUGGGCGGCGGAUUCGGCGGCAUGGGAGGAGGCAUGGGCGGCGGCGGCGUCCGUAUCGAUCCCGAAAUGCUCUUCAACAUGAUGAACGGCGGCGGUGGAGGUGGCGGCGGUUUCUCCUUUGGUGGCGCCGGUGGCGGUCCAUUUGGCGGCAUGGGUGGCGGAAGCAGAAGAGCUGGCGGAUUCUCUGGUGGAUUCCCGUUCUAAGCUCUUUUCUUUCUAGUGAAAAUGCCAGAGAAAAACACACACCCAAAAGAAGACGGAAAAAAC